AUGCGAUACACCAACCCAUCGACACCUUCGGCCACUCAUGUCCACGCUGCCAUCGUGGGCAUGGGCCCCAGGGGCACCAGCGCAUUGGAACGUCUCUGUGCAUCGGCCGGUGAAUUCCUGUCUCCCGGCGUCCGCUUGACCGUCCACGUCGUGGAUCCGUCACCGCCAGGAGCCGGCCGGGUCUGGCGCACCGAGCAGUCGUCCGAGCUGCUGAUGAACACCGUGACGUCGCAGGUCACUCUCUGGACCGACGACAGUGUUGUAUGCUCUGGCCCCAUCCGCAACGGACCCAGCCUCUACGAAUGGGCCGCGCAAGAGAAGCUCGAUCUGGGGCCGGACGAAUACCCGACCCGCGCACAAUACGGUCACUACCUUCAAUGGGUGUUCCGCGAAGUCGUCCGCAAUGCGCCUCCCCAGGUUGAGAUCGUAGUGCACUCCGCUCGCGCUGUUCAGCUAGACGAUUCCGAGGAUGACCGCCAGACGCUCCAACUAUCCAACGGGCGCAUUCUCUCCGGUCUAUCCGCUGUCAUCCUCUCUCAGGGCCACGUCCCCCUUGUCCACGACCCUAAACUCCAGCAAAAUGCCGCCUAUGCCUCCCAGAACAACCUCCGCUACAUUACCCCGUCCAACCCGGCGGACGUCGACCUCUCGUCCAUCCAGCCCGGCGAAUCCAUCUUCCUGCGCGGCCUCGGCCUUAACUUCUUCGACUAUAUGGCUCUCCUGACCACCGGUCGCGGCGGCCGUUUCAUCCGCACCACCAGUGGCUCCCGGUACAUUCCCUCGGGUCGCGAGCCUCGCAUCUACGCCGGCUCCCGGCGUGGCAUCCCAUACCAGGCGCGUGGCGACAACGCGAAAGGCGCCUACGGGCGACACAUGCCCUUGCUGUUCACGAACGAGGUGAUCGAAGGGUUCCGGCGACGCGCUGAAUCUGGAUCCGCGCACCACCACCCGCCCGACUUCUUAAAGGAGAUCUGGCCGCUAGUCUGCAAGGAAGUUGAAACAGUCUACUACGAAGCGCUCCUCCGACAACACAAGCUCGACGAGCGCGAUUUCCGCGCGCAGUUCCUGGCCACCAAGCAUCAGAGUCCCGAGGAGAGCCAGGUCCUCAGCGAUUUUGGCAUCGACGAAAUCCACCGCUGGUCGUGGGACCGCCUCUCCCGCCCUUACGGCGAACGACGCUUCACGGCCGGUGUCUGGCGCGACUGGCUGCUCGAGUAUCUGCGUGAAGAUGCCCGCGAGGCCGCGCUCGGCAACCUCAACGGACCUUUGAAGGCGGCGCUGGACGUGAUGCGCGACUUGCGGAACGAGUUACGUCUCGUGGUGGAUCACGCGGGCGUGUCGGGGUUCUCGCACCGCGAUCAUCUCGACCGCUGGUACACGCCACUGAACGCGUACGUGUCGAUCGGGCCACCCCGGCAACGCAUCGAGCAGAUGGUUGCGCUGAUGGAGGCCGGCGUUCUGGAUGUGUUUGGGCCGCGGCCGACAGUGACAGCCCAGGACGGCGCGUGGGUGGUGCAUUCACCCGAGGUGCCUGGGUUGAAGGCCCGCGUGACGACUCUGGUCGAGGCGAGGCUGCCGGAGCCGGAUGUGCGACACACUGGCGACGAGCUGAUGGCGCAUCUCUUGCAGACGGGCCAGUGUCGGCCCUACACGGUGGAUGGGUACGAGACCGGGGGGCUGGCCGUGACGAAGAGCCCGUACCAUGUGGUGGAUGCGCAGGGGAGAGCGCAUCCCAGACGCUUCGCGGUGGGUGUGCCGACGGAGGGUGUGCACUGGGUGACAGCGGCGGGUGCCAGACCUGGCGUGAACUCGGUGACUCUCUGCGAUACGGACGCUGUGGGAAGAGCGGCGCUGUCGAUGGCCGUGGCUGAUGUUGGAGUGGUUGAGAAGCCGGAAGCGAAGGGCAAGUGGCCGUUUGUGACUGUUGCGGCGGCUACAGUUGAUGUGGUAUAA